AUGUCGAUUCAUAAUUCGGCAAAUACUUCAAAGGGGAGAAUCGAAACGGCGCGGAACUUUCUCACAUCUUAUGCGAUGACCAACCCUCGCUGGUAUGGUGAUGAGCCAUACUUCGAGCCGUUAUAUGCUACCCUCCGUUGUCAACACCCGCUACCCGAGUCAGAAAAGGGCUUAUAUGGGACGGACCAGAUACAUCGUCUGUUUGGCGGCGCCUUCGAGGCGAGGUUGUUGAUUUCCGGAAUCCUGUACAACAAUCUGUACAGAAAGAAUGCUCCAGAUAUCUCCACAUCGCGGGUGCGGGCGACAACGUGGACGACAAUGCUGAGUGAAUGGAAGGUGAGGUUGAAGAGAUGA